ACAGCAACAACAACGAAAACGUGAGAAUUGUUGCUCUUUCAACAGUGAAGGAUGAUGGACUAAACGUGACUCAUGACAAAAGCAGCAGUGAAAUUAGUGAGCAAUCAAUGGAGGAGAGACACAAGACAGACACAAAUCCAGCAUCUGUGAAUCCCAAACUCACACUUGUGUUAAUUGGUGACACAAAUUCUGUUGAGUUUGGACCAAAAAACCUCUUAUUUGACAAUGAUAAGCAAAUACCUGUGCACCCGUUCUCAUCCAGAUUGUAUGAUUUGUGCGGUCGACAUGUCGCUGUCAAUAACAUGCUCGGCCUUCAAGACAUCGAACCGCACUCAUCAAUCACAGAGAUCAGUGCUUUUCUCUUAUUUCUACCAAAUGGUCUGCACACCAGACAUUAUCAUACAGGAGUGCAGUGGUUAGAAAAACAUUUUGGGAAAACAUCACUUGCUUUUUUAAUGACGAUUGUAACUCAUGAGUCAGAUGAAACAUAUGAAAGUGCUUUGACAGAUUUGAAGGCUAUUCCUACAACAAGAUGCCACACAUGUAUAAAAAGCAUGAGUGACCCAGAGGAGAUAACAGCUUUGUUGGAAAAAAUAGACAACAUGCUGACGGAAAACAACAACCAAUGUUUCACUGGACUUAUGUGUGAAGAAAAUGAAGAGCAGAAAGAAGACAAACUGGAGAACACAUUCCAAGAAGAAGGAAAGAUGAGCAGCUCAGUAUUUCAUCAAAAUCAAACAGAGGUACCUGAACGUGGGGCACAGGGGAGCUGUAGCAGUGUUCUUUCCUCCCAACAAGAAGGGCCCCCAACCCAGACUCCAAGCAACAGUUACAACACUAUGGUCAAAUCAGCAGUGGGAUACGUGGUGAGUCUGGUGUGGUCUCAAACAAAAACAGGAAAAACUGAAAGAAAAAAAGACUCAGAAGUACAGGAAAGUACAUCUGACACAAACACAAAGUGUGACCUUCAAAAUGCAGAAAAAAGUGCUGUCAUAACAGAAAAAGGAGAAAAACCUAAAAUCACAUCUCUAACAAAUGAACAAGAAAGUUUAAAUCUGGACAGAAACACAGAGAAGAUUUCUGUAGAAACCAUGUAGAAGGAGCAACGUCAAAGACAAACUGAAGCACUGCUGAGCAGACUUCACCUUCCACAUGAACACCAACAGAAGUUCACACCAGCACAGUUUUUGGAAAUAGGUCCACCUGUAAACCAGCACUGUGAAACAUCUGAGAAAGACCUAGCACAUGCUUUUCUUCAGAGGUUACUGAUGUUAGACUACAGAGCCAGAUACAUUUCUGUUAAAAAUUACAGCACUGAGGUGAGUGAGUCACAGCAGGUUGGAGGGUUUCAGUCUCAGAAAGGAAACAGUGACUUCCAAGCAUUUUUAAAGAGCAGCGUAAAGUCAGCUCAAGCAAAACAGACUCGUGUACAUCCAAUGGAUGUCCAAAUGGCAGUAUUUCACUGUUCAGACAGCUACCUCAGACAGACCAUAGUUACUAAACUGUCCCAGUGUCAGUAUGCGUUACCUUUGCUUGUGCCUGAUCCAGUCACUGCUGCUAUCGAGUGUCCUCUGUGGACAUUCAGACAAAUAAGAAAAAGCUGGAAAAAAACACAGUUAGAUGGAGAUUCAAACACUGUGACGAUGAACAGUUUGCCAAUCUACAAAGUUGAGACACCUUUAGUGUCUUUUGUACGACUUGGUUCAACAACACAGUCCAAAUCUGAGCUAAUGAACACUUUAAUUAAUGACCGCCACAGCACCUUCUUCCACAGGAACUCUUCAGGCAGCACAAAAUCUCGUUAUUUGAUGGAUGGUGUGGCAGAGAUUGCCUGGUAUUGUCCUGCUGGGAAACCCAAUGAUGCAUUCAAUGACUGCAUUGCCUUCUGUAAUCUUCAUGGAGAUGCUAUGAAGUUUGAAAAACAACGUGAAACAAUAAUCGAAAAGUCUUCAGUCACUGUAGUUCUUGUAUCCAGUGUGGAAGACAGUAACAGUAAUCUGCUAUCAGUGCUCUCAGCACUUUUUGAGUCUCAGAAGCCCCUCAUUUGUCUCUUUGUCAACGAUGAAUGUGAUUCAUUUGAAAUGAAAACGGGGAAAUAUAAAAUGGGCCUGAAAGACAGAAGCCAGUCCGAUGUGUUUGAAGAACUGAAAAUAAUGAUUGGAAACAUUUUGCGUGGACCACAUGUGUCCUUCCAGCUUGAAACCAUGGCCAAAGUCUCUGGAAUCAGGGUGGAUGAGGAUAAUAAAAUCUGCCAAAAAAAUAAAGAUGCCGCAACAAAAUUGAUGAAUUUGCUUCAGGGAAAGAAAAUCUCAGAGGUCAAAAAUAAAUUUCUGCCAUGUCAAGGCCAUCUGUUGCGUGAUUGGUGCAGAGUAAACAAAGAACAGCAUCAUCUUACUGGACAUGUUGAGGACCAGAAAUGUAAAAAUCAAGAAGAACUGAUGCAGAUACGACAAAAACAAUGUGAUGCCUCCUUUGGUGACCUCAUUAAACUGUUCACUGAAAGUCUUGAAUCUCUCACACCAGGAGAGAGAAAAUACUUCCUUAAAUGGACUCAAAUCCUAUUGGACGAUCUCUCCACUGAUGAAAUCUCUUUCCUUCUUCAAAUGUAUGAUGAUAAAUGGUCUGAGGUUUUGGUUUUGAAGAAGAAACAUGAUAAAUCCGAUCAGCUAAAUAUCAAACAAGCUCAGCUUGAGGAAAUAUCAGAAAAACUUCAGUCAGCUACAUUUGGUUUAGAGCACAUCAGAGAAAUGGGACAGAUCUAUGAAGCUCAUGCAUCUUGGCAGAAAACGCCAAACGGAAGCACUGAUUGGUCCAAGUACCCCGAGCUGGCUGCAGAACUCAUGAUAUCAGGACAACCAAUGGAGCUGAUGGAUGGUGAUGCAGGUCACGUGCCUUUAACAUGGAUCAAGAGCCUGUUUGAGGAAGUCAUCAAGAAACUGGGUGACAUCAGAAUUUUUGUUUUGUCAGUUCUGGGCAUCCAAAGCAGUGGAAAAUCAACAAUGUUGAACGCCAUGUUUGGAUUACAGUUUGCAGUAAGUGCUGGCAGGUGCACCAAGGGUGCCUUCAUGCAGCUGCUGAAGGUGUCAGAAGACAUGAAGAAAGACUUCAAGUUUGACUUUAUACUAGUGGUGGACACUGAAGGACUCCGUGCUCUUGAAUUGGCGGGCAGCAGCACUCUUCACCAUGACAAUGAACUGGCAACAUUUGUCAUUGGUCUGGCAAAUAUGACACUGAUCAAUAUCUUUGGAGAGAAUCCUGCUGAUAUGCAAGAUGUUCUGCAGAUUGUUGUUCAGGCUUUCAUGAGAAUGAAGAAAGUCAAACUGUCUCCGAGUUGUGUAUUUGUUCAUCAGAAUGUUACCGAUAUUUCAGCUGCAAAGAACAAUAUGGAAGGAAAAAGACGCCUCCAAGAAAAACUGGACCAAAUGGCCCAACUAGCUGCUAAGGAGGAGGGAUGCAACUCAGAGUGCUUCAGUGAUAUCAUUGCAUUUGAUGUUCAAAAAGAUGUGAAAUACUUUGCCCAACUGUGGGAGGGAAGUCCACCCAUGGCCCCUCCAAAUCCAGGUUACAGUGAGAGCAUCCAAGACCUGAAGAAGUUCAUCAUCUCAAAGGCCUCAGAUUCUGCUGGAAUGACUCUCUCAAACUUCAUAGGCAACGUUCAUGACCUGUGGGAUGCUCUACUGAAUGAAACCUUUGUUUUCAGCUUGAAAAAUACAUAUGAAAUUGCAGUAUACAGAAAGUUCGAGGUCCAGUAUGGGACCUGGACCUGGGCCUUGAGGAGCAACAUGCUGACUGUGGAGAACAAACUUUACAACAACAUUGAAAAUGGAAACCUUCAGAAAGUUGAGCUCAAUUUUCUUUAUAAAGAAAGUAACAAAACAUUUGAAGAAAUCCAAACUAAUAUGAAAACAUACUUCAGUGACAACAGAGACAAAGAAAUUUUGUCACGUUUUUUGAUUCCUUCGGAUUUAGCCCGGACUUCAACCUGUACCCAAAAGGUAUCCUACAGUAUUUGGAAAAUCAACGUGGGAUUACAAAUAUUUUCUAUCAUAAUAGAUAGCUACAACAUGAAAUGUCAGAUGUGUGCAGGCAACACUGUGUCUUUUAUUUAUCUAAAAGAGCCUGCGGGCUGUCCUACAAAGAUGUACUGUCUUUAUACACCCGCAACACUGUUAAGAACGACGAUAUGGUUUUUGAAUUUGUGAA